CGGAAUCUGUUAAAACAAAAUUUUCACAUUGUCGAAGGUGUUUUCGUUCUUUGGUCGACACGACACCUUGACCGCUGGAAAACUGAACAAAAAAACAUGCAGAUUAUAGGAACCGUGCUUUUCGUUGCAGUGUUUGUCAUAAACAAUGCACUUUAUGGAGGUAGUUCCACUCCAUCGUUCAAAGAACAGUGUCUGAAGUGGCAUAAUGCAUACCGUGAAUUACAUCAGGUGCAGAAUGUGACGUGGAAUGAUACUCUUGCGGCCAAUGCAGAAAACUGGGCAAACUAUCUGGCAACAAACAAUCUUUUUGAACAUGCCAAAAAUAUUUGGGAAGGAGAGAAUCUGUACCUGUCCGGCUCCCCUCUGCCUACGGAGCCCUGCACUGAGGCAACGCAACUAUUCUACCGAGAAAUCGACAAUUAUGAUUUCAGCAAGCCUGGAUUCUCUUUGAAAACAGGGCAUUUCACUCAGGUCGUAUGGAAAAACACCAAAGAGAUUGGAGCAGCAAAGAGAAUCAGAAAUGAUAGCAGGCUUGUGGUUGUGAUUCGGUAUUUCCCCCCCGGAAACUUGAUAAGCGGGAAGGAAGCUUUCAAGAAGAAUGUGCUUCCAAUACCUGAGAGGGGGAGGAGUGGGGCGAUUGAAAGGCGUGCUUCUUUGGCAUUAACUGGUUUUGUUUUCAUCGUUGGAACUUGCUGUCAAUUUCUUUUCUAAAAGCAUUUCCCACCAAAACUAAGAAUUGAACAACAUUUUUAAUUUUCCAAGCUCGCUUUUAAGGGGAUUUGCUUAAGGGUACCUAAAAUGAAACGCAACAAAGAUCUUGAGCGAGGACGAAAAUCUUGAGUGGAGUGUCAAAAACCAAGUACAAUGAGGAGAGAUUUUUACUAGGAACCAGUCAGAACGUAUCGCUUGAGGGGGGAGGGGGUGGUGGAGGAUUCUUAGGGGGAAUCGCAUGAUUCACCGAGAGAAUGGAAGAG